CGCUUCGAUUUGGUCGAGAGCGGACCGUUCUCUCCUGGGACAGACUAUAGACAUUUUCAUUAUCAACAAAAAAGUAUCAUUAAUGUAUUUUAAUUUUAGUGUGUCGAUAUUCUUUUUAAAUUAAUUUAAGUAUACAUAUUUUAAUAAUUUUUGUACUAUGAAGCACUUGAAUAUCUGAUUGAUCACAAUUACUUGUUGCCAGGUUAGGAUUUAUAAAGCCAAAAUAUCUAGAAAGGUUUUUUUCAUCUAUCCGAGCUAUUACAAAGACAUUAAUUUACCAGUAUUUAAGAAUAAUAAUCAAUUUACUUUUUGCAGAAAGUAAUUAAUGAUAUUAUUAACCAUGUAGCUUCAUUGUUCGUAAACUAACAAUUAAAUAAUUUAUGAUGAUUGCUCUAAAAUAAUAACUUGAACCCAUUCUGAAUUGGGAUCAUAAAUAACCAAGGUGGAUUAACUAUUCACUAGUAAAUUCAUAAUUUAUUAUACAUAUUUUAUGAGUAUUAAGUGUUAAAUUACUGCAUAUGCAAAUUAUUUUUUUACGUUGGUAACACCUCUAAUGCAAAAAUUAUUAUAUCAUUUUCGUUAUUAAUUUUCCGCCAACUACCCUAAACCCGUUUAAUAGGUAUUGUAACACUUUUUACUGUAAAAGUUAAUAAAACAAUAGUUACGGAUGAUUAGUUUGACGUCAUAUUAUCUGAUAAAAAUCCUUAUCAAGUACGAUUGUAUCCAAAUAAAUAAAAAUGUACAUACAAAUGCAAUGAAAAGUAACUUUAAAAUUAUAUUUUAUAUUCUACAUUUUAAGUACUUUUUAUACUAAUUUUAUUCUGAAAAAUCUCAUUUAAAUUAUCUCAUGUUUAAUAAUCGUCAAAUCUUAGUAUGUAAAUACUCGUAUAUUAAUAUAAUACGAGAGUUCAAAAAUAUAUCUUGCGUUUUUAAUUGUACAAUUAAAUUAUUUGGAUCCUAAAAAUGAAAUUAUUACUGAUAACAGUUUGAUAAGUGCAUGACGUAAGAACUAAUCGUGUGUAAUACAUUUUUACCAUCUACAGUGUUGAAAACAUUUAGGAGCAUAAACCAGAUAAUUCCAGACAACUUUUUUCAUUGUCUCCUAUUGUAGGUAUAUGAAUGAUCGGAUUUAUCUCAUUCUUGUACAUAUAAAUUCGUAAUUUUUUUCUUAAUUUUAAUCCCCCGAAAUCCCAUUUUUGAAAAAAAUGGAUUAUCUUGUUAUUGUAUCCUUUCAAUUGAUUAGUAUUGUUUAAAUUUUGAAAUUAAAACGAUAUUGGUCUAUCGAUAUUUUCGGUUGCCACUUGCAUUCUUGCCUUGAUAUAUUGUUGUCAUCCCUACCCAUUAUUGGGCGGAGCUUGACUGUCAUGGUAGUCACGGGCCAGGGGGAUUACUGUCGUGUUCGACCGUCGCGUACUCUACUAUUUCAUUUUUGUUCUUUUUCAUCACCUAAUAAUGUUCAUUCUGCUGAUAGGUCAUUUUCAUUCGCCAUUUUCCCGUUUGUUCGAUUUUCUGUAAACGUUAAAAGCUCACUCGAAUACUUGUUAUUAAUUUCAGAAAAUCGAUUGAAGAAUAAGUUGUAUCAGAUCUAUAUAAACUUUUUAUUUUGGUUUAUCACUUUUUAACGAUGUUUGUACGCGUCUUCCGAGAUUUGUGUCGACAAACGGGUUACUCAAACGAGCACAAUGUCGUUCGCCGUUGCUUACACGUCACACAGCAAAUGGAAAAGAAUAGAGAUCGUCGGAGUUUCCUGGCCUCGGUUCCCCGUAUAGACGAAGGCACUGAGGGUGAAAAAUUCGUUUAUAUAGAUUCUGCAAUCACCAAGUGAGUUAUUCUUACCAUAUAAUUAAUUCCACAUAUGAUGUAUUUUUUUAUUUUCUACAUGUCGACGCCAUUUUUUUUCGGCUCUUGUCGUUGAAUACGGAAUUUAUUAUAAGAAAUCGUGUUAAUUUAUUAAGACUAACUAGAAAGUUCUAUUUUUUUCGAGGAAAGAAGACAUGUUUCCUGAUAUGAACACUUCUAAUAUGCUUUUUGGUGGAAUUAAAUUUUCAGACAUACCUAUUUGUCACAUUAAAUCAUCCAAGAACAAUACAAUUCUACAUGUCACAAAGCCUUCUGGUAAGUUAUCAUUUUUUUUUCAGAAGUUUAUUUUUAGAUUUGCAAAUUUAUUAUUAUGAGUACCUACCUUAAUUAAAUAUUCAGAAAUUAAGCAAUAAAAAUGAAUGAUGUUAAAUCCACCCUACCAAUAUAUAUACGUAUUUUAACUAUUAGGUUAGGUCAUAAUAAACAAUUUUGUUUAAUAUUUUCAUUUAUAGUUAUUUUUAUGAAAGCUUAAAUUUCCUUUAAAUGGAGUGGAUAGUACCAUAUUUUAAAUUUAAUAUCUAAGUAAUUACGAAAAUUUGUUUUACUAAAUUAUAGUGUAUACUGGGUCUGACAAUACUUGGUUGCUCACUGCACAGUAGUUUUAUGUGAACUAGAGGUCAUAUUUUAUCUAAACUUAAAAAAAAAACAUGUUUUAGACAUUUACCAAACAAGGAGUAUUCUCUUCAGUUUUCAACUGUGCAAAAAUGUUCAUAUAGUAGACCAAGUUUACUAAUUACUAUGGUUAACAAGAUAUUGUAAUUUUAUCAUUUUUGGAUAGAAUUUGUAAUAAAACAUGUAGUUUAUAACAGUUGAAGUCUGGCUCUUGGGGUAAAAAAAAAGUGAAAAUAUUGAAAAAUAUCAAAUGCAUUUAUUUUCCGUGCACUCCUGACCAAUGAUCCGUAGUUAAAUUUUUGUUUUUCUUAUGUCAUGCCGACAUAGAAUGAGUUUAAAGGUGUGCAUUUACUGACUUGAAAAAAUUGUAUUAUUCACAGAUGCUGUUUGAUCUCUGGGUCAAAACUAAACGUAAAAGUAUCUGACAAUUUUAUAGUGGUUUUAUAGUAGUAUAGUGUCCAAUUUUAAACUUCAAACAGUCAAAAGUUUGAUAUUUAAAUUGUUUAACCCUUUCAAACAAUAUGGCUUUUUUUGGGUGAAUUUAGAAUGUUAAUUCUAACUAAAGAAUGUUGAUAAGGUAAGGAACUUUUAAACUUGUCAUCUUCAACUUGUCUCUGCAAGAAAUGGAAAAAUCGAAAAUUCUACCACGAAACAUUGACAAGACGGCAUGAAAAGUAUUUCUAUUUGGCGUUUUUCAAUAUUUUGACCCUUUUUUUUUUUUAUGCAGUAUAGUGCCUAGGUAACAACUGUUCUGAUACGAAUGAAACUUAAUUCUUUAUAUAUAAUAUAUUGUUUGUUAAAUAAAUGUUGGUAUCUUUUUUAACUUGAAUUUUUAUGUAGGAGAACGAAUUAUGAUCAGGUCAUGUGGCAUGGAAGGAUUUAAAAAUACAAGAAAAGGAACUAAUAUCGCAGCUCAAGCUACAGCUAUUGGUCUUGCUACUGUAAGUAAUUUUUAUUUUUGAAGUAUAAUAAGUGUUGCCUAUACAGUCAACAAUUUCAUCUUCAAAAAUAAAUAAAUAAAUAUUGGGUAUGCAACUCUGUUUCAAAAAAGAAGGCUAUAAUUAUUUUUAUAAGUCCCCGUAUCGAAUAUGCUUGUUGCGAGGCUUUUAAAAUCCUUUGUUUUGUUUUAAGACUAUGUAGGAAUUUCCGGUCUAGUUCAUUCUUUAAGACACUAUAUUGUGCUCUUGUAUGUCGUAUUUUUGAGUAUGGUGGCGUUUAUUAGGAUCCUCACAAUAUCAGACUCCUUGAAGCUGGAAAGGGUUAAUAAAAAUACGUAAGGUAUGCUAACUUAAAACUAAAAAUCUUUUGUGAACCCCAUAAUUAUAACUAUGAACCAAUUGCAUUGCACCUUAGUUUAGUUUAUUUACUUAAGCAUACGUUUUGGGGCAUUAAGUUCUUGGAUGGAUUGUUACGUGGUAAUAUUGACUCGUAGGAAUUACAUUCCUUCAUAUGUUUCAAAGUACCUCAAUGUUCUCACUGUGUUGCUUCUUUUUAUGUUCCCCUAGCCACCUGUGGACCCAAUGAACCUAUCUUAUGUAUGGUGGCCAAUGCCAAUGUAGACUGUGCAUACCUUUUAAACCUUUUUUUAUAAUUAUUAUUUAGCUGCUAUUGAUACAUUAAUGUCUCAAAUUUUGUAAUUAUCAAUGCAUAUAUAUAAUAUAUUAUUUCCUUAAGGGUUAUACCGUAAACUUAUAGAAAUAAAAUAAAAUAAUUUAUUCUUAAACAGAAGCAAAAGAGAGUAAUAUUUAUGGUAAGCAAUACCUAUGUAUAAUGCUUCUAAUAUUGUAUACUAAAUAUUGUAACGCUAAAUUGCACACCUAUGAAAUUAAUUUUGUUCAUAAUAAACAUUAUAAAUCAGUUGAAAACUAAGCAGUAGUAAUACCAUUCUAUAAAGAAACCAAAUUUUAGAUAUGAUAUAUUUAUAAUUUAUGUUUGUAACUACUUUUUCACUUUGUAAUAGCCAUUUAUUACAUUAAAUUUAUAAAAUAUACAUUUUUAUUUCAGAGGGUAUUAGAAUUGGGAAUUCAUACAGUUCGUGUAACAAUUCAAGGAUUAGGACCAGGAAGAAUGGUAAGAAUAUUAUCAAUUUUAUCAAUGGGCUUAGUGGUGUGGUGGGACACACCUACUAUUAAGAAGCAUAUUUUUUUCAGUAUUUUCAAUACUUGUUUCCGAAUUGAUACUCCUGGGAUCAUUAUAAAUAAUUAGACAGUACUUUUUAUAACUACAACAUUAUCAUUUUAGACUUAUAAUAAUCUAGUCAUUAAGAUGAAGUAGUUCACGCAUAAAUCACUGUUAAAUACGUUAUUUUUAUCAUUUACCUAGAAUAAAUUGUAUUUUUAUUUUAAUCUUAUUUUAAAUUAAAAUUAGAUUUUGAUGCAAUCAACAAUAUUUUAUAGUUUCAUAGUUAAUUCAAAGUUUCAUUCAUAUUUAUUUAAUUAUUUUUCAAAUAUAAGUGCCAAAUACCUUAGGGCUUUAUAAAAUUAUUUUAAUUUAAUUGAACUGAACUAUUAAUUUGUAGUUAUUUUUUUGUUUGUGAAAAGAAUGGAUAUAUUAUAUAAGAUAUUUAAGAAACAUUAUUCACAAUAAGUGAAUGUUACAAACCAUUAUUUAAAAAAAAAAAAAAUUGAAUUCUAUAAAAUUACACAAUUAAUUUAUAAUCCAAAUCGCCUGUAUCUGGUUUUUUUUUUUUUUUUUUUUUUUUUUUUUUUAUCAUUUUGUAUUGGUGCUACACAAAAGCUUAUUUAUAUAUAAUAUAUAAUAUUACUUUUUUAUCUUAAUCUUUCUAGAUUUUACUUUAUUAUUUUUAAAGUAUUCUUUAUAGUGUAUUCUUGUUAUUUCCCCAUUUAAUUAAAAUUUAUUUUUCUAUUUCAGUCUUCAAUUAAAGGUCUUACUAUGGGUGGUUUGAAAAUUAUAUCCGUCACAGAUGAUACACCAAUUUCAUGGAAUCCAUUAAGACCAAGGAAACAACGGAAAUUAUAAUUAUGUAAUUAUGUAAGUAAAACUACAAUUAGUUAUAAAGAAUAUGUUAUUAUAAUAAAAGUGUAAACAAAUUUAUUAACGUCUAAUAAAUGUUAUUAAUUGUGAUAAACAAUUUAACCAAUUAUUUUGUUUUUAAUUUUUGAUUAAAUCAAUUUUAUUUAUUUUUAUUAGUGGUUAAUUUUUUUGUAGUAAAAAAAUAUAAAUAUUUCUAUCUCGAAAGAAGUAUACAAUUAUUUUAUUAAAAUCAAAGUAUUAUUAUUUUUGCUUUUUUUUUUUGAAAAUGGCAGAUAUUUCAAUAUUGAAGCUAUUGAGAUUAAAUUUGAUUAUUAGAUAGCAAAUUUAUGUAUUUAAGAUCACUUCUGCUAUUAUUGAACAAAUUAUUUUUUUAAGGAAUUUAUAUGAAUCAAUACUAUGGUAUUAUUAAUUAGCUUUUUAUCUCUCCUGUUAAUAUUUAGUAUAUAUUGGUCUUCAUUAAUAGAAAAUCUAUACUCAGAUUUAAGAUAUUUGUAUGUAUUUUCUAAAAGUUAUGUGGAGCAUUUGGAACCAGGAAAAAUGUUAAAUAUAAUAAUAUUACGUUAUUUAUAUUUCAUUGGAUUAUUUAAAUAACCCUUUUAAAAAUAAUUAUAUCAUAUGACAAACUUCGCACCUAAUAUAACAGGACACUAUUUUAUAUGUAGAUGAAAGAUUUCGGAGUAGUUUUUUUAUUUAAACAUUUUUCCCAGUCCCAAUGUCAUGAAUCAAUCAGAAAAUGUAAAAAAAUUGGAUGUUGUCACAGAUUUCUUAUCUAUGAGGACAUGUAACAUAUGUUUUACAUUUUUUUUUUUUAUAUAUAUAUAUACUUUGCUAUAAAAAAUAGCAAUGAAAAUACAGUUUUUAGUGAAGUUAUUUUUUAAUGGAAUAAAACUUUUUUUUAAAACUUAUGCAUUUAUUUGGUUUCUAUUAUUUUCUCUAUAAAAUACUGCACGUUUUAUUCUCCCCCUUAAUGAUUUUUUGUUCGGCUGCUAUGAAAUAUUAAAGAGGGGAAGUCUAAAAUAUUGUGGUAAAAUGUAAAUCAUGUGUAAACCAUACUAUAUAAAUUACAGUUCUAUAUAUUCCGAAUUUCAUGGAAGAAAAAGAAGCUCAAAAAUUAUUUUCUUAACUAUCCCUUUUGGAUGUGUUUCAUUAGUUUUUUGAUAUUUAAUGUAUAGUAUAUCGAUUGAAUAUUUUUAAGUAAUCUAGAUUAAACUGUUAGAUAUUUUUUUUUUUUUCUAAAAAAAUACACUUUUGGUUAAUUGAUUUUCGUUUCCAAGCAUUCCAUAUUGUCGACGUCAUACGUUCAGUGGAUAUCGCGUUGCGGUUGGGAAGGGAUGGGUUGUGCUCUGCGGGGGUACCACUACUUCUCCGUGUAAUCUCUUUACGCACAAAAUGGCCGCUCAUUGUUUGUCUCUUACCGUUUUCCGCACGCUCGUACUUGUUCGUAUCUAAAUCUUUAUCGGCCUCAGUUUUUAUUUCCUUUGCCGAAAUUAAAUUAUAACACCCGCUCUAUUAUCGAAUAUCUUAGAUUUUCACGUUAAGAACUUGCAGUAAUUGUGCCCAAACGCGAAACGCACACGCUAUUUGCCGUGCCACUUCACCUCCUCACCUUGACUGCCUAAUGUUGGCUGUAUUUAGGUGAAACGACGGUUUUUUUUUUAUAAUUUUUCUUUUAUAACAAACGGUUUUGUAAAUUUAUAAAAUCUUAUAACUCUUGUAUAACCCUUGGUUACUUUUUUUAUUAAUACUAAAGUGCAACCUUAUAAUUCUCAAGACUGUUUUAGCCACACAAAAUGCACCAGGUAAGAAAUCAGCUCCUAUUUAUCUACCUACCUAAAUUAUUCUAUUAAAUUUUACGAUUUAUUUUUAUGGUAUUAUCCGAUUUAGUAUUAAUUAUUUAUUUAUCUAGUUAAUCAUUGAAAUUAUAAGGCCUUAUUGUCAUUUAAUACAAACUAAUAGGUGAGUACUACAAUGUAUUGCAUCUACUAAGCAAACAUACCUACCCUUAAAUGUUUUAAAAUUUAUACAAUUUGCGUAAUUUCUGCAAUAUUAUCUAAUAAUUCUACUUUAUUUAUAAAAUAUUACAAAUAUAGUGUCUAAUUAGUAGGUAUUGUAGACUGUUUUUUCAAACUCUUCUACCCAUCAUUCAUAUUGAUCAGUAUACCCUUCAAUACUUUCAAUAUAACAUUGGGGUAGUAAAAAUGGUUGGACAGUUCAUUUCUCUUUAGUUAUAAAUUAACCACAGGCUAACUUAUUUAAGGACAUAUAAAACUUAAAAAUUUGAGUUGGACCCAUUUUCAAAAUUUUAUGUCAAAGUUAGUGUUCAUAGAUGAAAAAUGGUUUACAUGACAUUAUUUUAUUUUUAUUUUAUCGUGUUAAUAUUAUAUUUUGACUGUGGAGUAUGCUUAUUAACAUUUGUUGAAGGUGAAAUAUAGGUUGUUAAUACAGUUCUUCAAUUUUGUUUUUUAGGACUAGGUUAUUCUAUUAUUUAACAUUUUUGUACUAUUCUAAGUAAAAUAUAUAAACUAGGUAUUCACUAUACAUCAAUAUUUACACUAUAAUGAGUUAUUAUUUUUAAUUUAAUACUCUUAUCUGAUAUUAAUUUAUCAGUAUAAUAAUAAUUAUUGUUAUUAUUAUAGUAGUAUUUUAUCAAAUUAAAAUUUUUUUCAUAUACUCUUUUUACGCUAAAUUAUUAAGUAUAUAUUUGAUCUAUUUGUAAAUAUAAUAGGUAUACCAAGUUAACUUGAAAUGGUAUUGUGUAAAUAUAUUAUAUCUAUAAUUAUUAUGCAUAACAUAUUGCUUUCAUAUUCCAGGAUAUUAUUUAUUAUUUUGAGAAAUUAACUGAAGAAUUGACUAUAAAAUAAAAUAUCCAUACUGUCGUGUUAUCAAGCUGCCAAACUCUUUAUUGUUUUUAUAUACCAUACACAGGAUUAUUCAUUGACCUAGACAUACACCUAUACACCUAGACUAAUUUAAUAUUUUGAUAGUAGUGUAGCUCUAUUGUUAGAACUUACCUAUACCCAACUUUGUGUUGCUCAUCACUUAGGUUUAUUUUUCAAUUAAUAUUAUAUAUAGAAAGAAAAUUGAUACUAAAUAUUUAAUAGUCAUUAUUACAAAAUAAAUUUAGUUAUUAAAUGUUUUAAACAUUACAUUACAUUUAGUUGUGUUUCACAUAACAGAUUAGUAGAGUUAGUUUGUAUACAAUGUGUAUAUAUAUGCAUAAUAUAUUUAUAUAUUUGAAUUUAACAUCCAAAUAAGUAAUUAAAAUAAAGACAUGAUGAAAUAUUUCCAAAGAACAUAAUUUUGUGUUUAGGUUCUUUAAGAACUUUAUUACUAUCUAUGCAUAGAAAUUAUUAACAUAAAACAAUUAAGACAAAGUUAAAAAAUAUUUGAUUAAUUGAAAAUAUAUUAUAUAUCUACAAUUUUAAUAAGUAAGUUGACAUUAUUUAAAAUAUAUAUUUAGAGUAUCUUACUGUACUGCGAUUUAUAUUUAAUGAUACACUGCUGAAACCAGAUCGUAAAUCACUGAUUAACAUUAUAUACACCAGAUUCUUGAAUACUAAGACUUCCCAAUUAUUACCAAGAUUUCCUACAUAAUUAAUAAUAAUGUAUUUUAUUGUAACCAAACAUAUAUAUACAAUGAGCAAGAAAUUAUUAAAGAUUUCCAUGAUUAUCAAACAUUUGUACACUUAUAUUUGUUAGUGAUUUACUCUUUGCCUUAAACAAUACUUAAACAAAUAAAAAAAAAAAAAAAUGAUUUAAUAAAUAAAUCCUCUCAAAUUUAAAUUGUUUAAAUGGUGGUUUACACCAUUAGUUUACAAGAAUGGCGAUGGAUUUUGGUAAUUAAUAUAAUUUUUUUUAAUUUCUAAUUGUCUCUGAAAUAUUAGUUAAGUAUAAUUUCACCUGUAACAUAACCUGAGUACUUGUAUAAAAAAAAUGUAAAAAUAAAAUGACCAAACUAUUAUAUUUUUAUAAGUUGCUGAAAGAUUAAAAAUGGGUAGUUAAAAUUUAUUUCAUUGCAUAUAUUUGAAAUAUAAUAUAUACAUACGUUCACACAUUUUCAUAGGUAAAAUUUAUAAAAAUUGUUCUAUAAAUAAUAAGUACUUAAAAUAUGAAUAUCUAUGAACACUUGGUUUGAUGGCUAAAUCAUCAUAAGUAUCAUUAGAUAAGAUAACAUCUUUAGUAUGGAAUUUAAAUUACAGAAUGCAUCAGAAGAAGAUUCAUCAGAUUCUGAUCAAAAUAAUGAAAAAAAUGUGGAUUCAUCAUCUUCAUCAAGUUCUGAAAG